UAAUAAGCGUCGAAAACUUUAGAUUUUCCAUUUGUUCAGCUUUCGUGUCUAUCCUUGUUUCGAUAGUGCAAGAGAAAAUGGCGAUGAUCCCAAGUUUCUUUGUUAACAGAAGGAGCAGCGUCUUCGAUCCGUUCUCUCUUGAUGUUUGGGAUCCUUUCAAGGAAUUCCCUUUCCCUUCUUCCCUCGCGAUAACAAGUUCCUCUGAAACCUCUGCAUUUGCGAACACCCGCAUCGACUGGAAGGAGACCCCUGAAGCUCACGUCUUUAAGGUUGAUCUUCCGGGGCUUAAGAAAGAGGAAGUGAAAGUUGAGGUUGAAGAUGACAGGGUGCUUCAAAUCAGUGGUGAGAGGAAGAUUGAAAAGGAAGACAAGAACGACACCUGGCACCGCGUGGAGAGGAGCAGUGGGAAGUUCUCGAGGAGGUUUAGGCUGCCGGAGAAUGUGAAGAUGGAUCAAGUUAAGGCUUCCAUGGAGAAUGGGGUUCUCACAGUCACUGUUCCUAAGGUGGAAGUGAAGAAACCUGAUGUCAAAUCCAUUGUCAUUUCUGGUUAAUAACUCAAUUGUUUGAAGGGUUUUUGUAAAAAGUUGUUUGCUGCUUCAAGUUUCUGUUUUGACUUUACGUUUUUCUUGUGUUUUGUUUGAGAUGAACAAGCAUGAAUUUCAUUUUCUUGUUGCUGAA